CGCAGGAAUGGUACACAACGGAAAUACAACAUAAAGGGAAAAAAUUCGCAGAAUACCAGAAAGAAUUCAAAAGAGAUAACUGGCAUAAAACGAUAAAUAUCAAUGCAAAUGAAAUAAAGACUAUGAAUCGGAUACUAACAGGACAUGACUUCUCCAAAUACUGGCUAAAAAUACUUAAAAUAGAAGAAAAUGAUAUAUGCGAUGUUUGCCAAGUACAGGAAACGGGCAAACACCAAAUAUUUCACUGUACAAAAUACAACAAUGAAAGACAGAAAUAUCCCAACAUCCAAGAAGACCUAUUUCGCAAACACUGGAAAAAUAAUGAUGGAAAAAUAAUAAAGGAAAUAAUUAGAUUCAUACAAGACACAAAAAUCUCCCUAUAAUGGAAAAAAAACCGCAAGUUUGAACAGCACACAAAAACAUAGAUAACAUGAUCAUAUGAACUUUGAAAGACAAAUCAUAAACACAACAUAGAAAUGUCAAAACCAUCAUCAAGUAAACAACACAAAUACAACGGUACCAACAUUGGAGAGGUAUAUGACUCAGGCAGUCGAAAACCUAAGAGCGGUACGUCUUUGAAUGUGGCUUUAUUAAGCAUAGGCUUUAUAAAACAUAGAAGACUACAUCCUGCUCCACAAAAGAAGAAGAAGAAGAAGAAGUUUUAGCGAUACUUUUUAACUGGUAAAAAAAUACGUGUUUAUGCCGUGAUUAGUGACACCAAACACACACACACACACACAAUAUGGAGUACCUAACAGGUCUGUCGCAUAAGGAGAAUGUUCGCGCAGCCUGCAAAAAGUGUGGCUUUCCAGGACACCUGACGUAUCAGUGCCGGAACUACCUGACGGUCGAUCCGCAAAGCCAAGCCGUAGUACCGGUCCAAAAGCGUCCGGGUAGUGAAUCGCCCGAACAGAACUACCUCACACCGCUGCAAGAGCUCCGGAAGCAGGAAGAGGAAGAAGAAAAGCGCAAAGCAGAGAAAGCGGCCCGCAAAGAACGCAAAGAACGGGCACGCCGCGCAAAGGAGGCACGCAAGGAGAAAAAGAAGCGCAAGCAUCGGAAAAGAUCCCGCUCGAGCAGUUCGGACGAUAGCGAUAGUUCGGAUAGGAGCACUAGCAGCAGUAGUAGUAGUAGUAGUAGUAGCGAUAGUAAGCACAAAAAGAAAACCAAAAAGCGAUACAGGAAAAGGGAAGUGAAGCAAAGCAAAAGGGAAGUGAAAAAGUCCAAAAAGGUUAGGCACAGGCGCAAGCGAAAGGAUUCCGACAGUAGCUCGGACAGCUAGAGAGCAUCCGGAAUCAGUCACUCAAUUGUGUUUAAGGACAAAAGCUGUAUACAUACAUACACUUGAAAAACAGAAUAGAUUGAUCAUCUCUGACAGCAUAAGCUUUUUUGCUUAAUGCACAUUAGAAUAUCGCUUUCUUUGCAAUCGAUCUUAAGUGGCGUUGUAGGAAAGUCAGAAAAAUAAGAAACAAUUUUAGGAAAGCUUUUCUAACUAAGCUUUUCCCUUUUAAUUAGUCAUUGUGGUUUGUAUUAAGUUAAAUGCUAAAUAUUUCCUUUUUUCCUUUUUAUUGAUAAAAUGAUUCAACACACAUUAUACGAUUAAUAGAUUCUACAAUAGUGCGAUAGAUUAGCGUUUUUUUUUUUCUUAAAUAUAUUUGACGCUUCUACUGA